AUGUCUUCCAAGCACUUCAUCCAUGACCCAACUCAUCUGGUCAACUCGGCUCUCCACAGCCUCACAAUCACCAACCCAAACGUGGCCCUGGACUCCGCCUCCAAAAUCAUCUACCGGCGUCCCAGUCAUGCACCCACCCGAGUAUCCGUCGUCUCUGGCGGAGGCUCCGGCCACGAACCGUCAUUUGCCGGCAUGGUCGGACCAGGCAUGCUUUCUGCCGCCGUGGCCGGCACCAUUUUUGCCAGCCCAUCCGCCGAGCAGGUCCGGGUGGCAAUCACCUCGCGCGUAGAUGCCGCCGAGGGCGUCUUGGUCGUGGUCAUGAACUACACCGGCGACGUGCUCAACUUCGGCGUGGCUGUCGAAAAGGCCAAAGCCGCUGGGCUCAAGGUCGACAUGGUCGUCGUCGGCGACGAUGUCGGCGUGGGCAAGGCCAAAGCCGGCAAGGUUGGCCGGCGGGGGAUCGCCGGGACCGUCCUCGUCUUGAAGAUUGCCGGCGCCUUGGCCGCCCAAGGCCGGUCGCUGGAGGAGGUUGCCAAGGUUGCCCAGCUGGCGAGCGAUAACCUCGUCAGCGUGGGCGCGAGCCUAGAGCACGUCCAUGUUCCCGGCAGGAGCGUCGGCGCGGACUCGGAAUCCGACGGCGAGGUCGAGAUCGGCAUGGGCAUCCACAACGAGCCGGGCUCCGGACGCGCCAGGCUCGACUUGCCGCAGCUGGUGGGGGAGAUGCUCGCCCAGCUGCUGGAUCCGAGCGACGCCGACCGCGCGUUUCUCGACGUCAACUCCAACGAGGUGGUCCUGCUGCUCAACAACCUCGGCGGCGUGUCCGCCCUCGAGAUGGGCGGCAUCACGACCGAGGUCGUCUCCCAGCUCGGUUCCAAGCACGGCAUACGGCCCGUCCGCGUCAUCUGUGGCACCUUCAUGACCAGCCUGAACGGACUGGGGUUCAGCAUCUCCUUGCUGAACGUGGUGAACACGGACAUCGGCGGGCCCGGGAUGGUUGAGCUGCUCGACGCCGCGGCAGAGGUCACGGGCUGGUCGGCCCCCAUUCGCAAGGAAACGUGGGAGGCCAAGAACACGGCCACGAGGACGGAGCACCCCGGCGCAAACGAGGAGUCGAAGCCGAGCGGGCUGGCGACGGAUAAAGAUGCCGCACAGGCCAGGUUGACCACGGCGUUGGAGAGAGUGGCUGCUGCCGAGCCAGACAUUACCAGAUACGACACUGUCGUAGGAGACGGCGACUGCGGAAUCGGGCUGAAGAGAGGCGCAGAAGCCGUCCUGAAGCACAUCAGCCAACGCCCGCUCACGGGCGACGUCGUCGUGGACCUCUCAUCCAUCAUCCCCGUCGUCGAGUCCGCCAUGGACGGCACGUCCGGCGCCCUCUACGCCAUCUUCCUCAACGCGCUCGCCCACGCGCUCGCCACCCUCGCCCCCGGCACAGCCUCCCCCGAAACCUGGGCCAAGGCCCUCAGGCAGUCGUGCGACGCCCUGUCGCGGUACACGCCGGCCCGGCCCGGCGACCGCACCCUCGUGGAUGCGCUGUACCCGUUCGUCGACGUGCUGGAGGAGACGGGGCGUCUCGAAAAGGCCGCGCAGGCGGCGAGGAAGGCGGCGGAUGAGACGAGGGGCAUGCAGGCGAGCCUGGGGAGGACCGUGUACGUCGGCGGCAGAGGCUUCGAGCAGGUGCCUGAUCCGGGAGCCUUUGGGCUGGCCUGUUUCCUCGAGGGGCUGGCCGGCGUGAAGGGGAACGCCGAAGACGGCUGGGAGAAGAUAUGA